CGUCUCGGUGGUUCAGCUGAGAGCUUUUUCACGGUGUCAUAUAUUGUGAUUUAUAGCAACAAUUAGAUAAGAACAAAUAAUUCCAUUAAAAAAAACCUCAAUGACAUUGUCCGUUAAUUUGAACACAACAGCUUCUCCACAAGGUCAGAGAAUUAGUUCCAAUGAAAACGGUUGGUGGCUGGUUGUCUCGCUGUAUUAAUAAUAUGUUAUAUCAAAAAUAUAAAAGUAAUUAUAUUUUUUAAUGCUAUUAAUUGCAUGAUUUUCUGAUUAAUUGGGAUUACCAUUGUUAUGCGCAAAAUGCAAUAAUUAAAAAAUAAGGUGCUUUUUCACAGCAGUAUUAUCUUAACACGGUUGCACCUAAAAUAUUUUUUAGUAAAUCUCAACUUUAGCAUCAAAACAAAUUAAAUAUAAAACCACUGCAAUUUGACACAGAUGUUAACAUUUUAUCUAGAUUGCUAUAUAAAAACAAGAUCACGACCCUCCACGAUUGUAACAUUCUAACUGGCAAGUUAACAUUUAUAAAUCAGUUUUUAUUUUUUUUAGUAAGCAGGUACCUGUGACGCAUUAACGUUCCCAGCUUUAAAAAGAAUACUAGGGGUGUCAAAGUUAUCGCGUUAAUCAAGGAGAUUAUUUUGGCAUGAAAAAUUCACUCUGUACGAUCGUGCUUCAUUCAGCCUCCUUUUGGGCAGUUUCAUUCACACAUUGCUCAGUUUAUUGUCAUUCCAACAGCCUACCCACCCAGAUCUUCUAACUCCCCCUCUCCCAGUACGAAUGGGCUUGUGGUCCGUUUACUGCCCGUUAAAUCGGAUAGCUGCAGAGCUUGUUGAGAAGACGAGCACGCUUUAUAUCUUUAUACGCUUGUAGACAGACGGAGGUAAUGAAAGUAACACAUUCGAUCUGUCAGCUUUAACCUCAUUCUCACUUGGGAUCUUCCAAUCGGCAGCCAAACUCUGUCUUCCUCUGCUCCCGCUAUUGAGAAGGGAACAGGAGGGCUUUUGUGCUUUUCAACCCAGCGUGUUUGUCAGCCCCUAUUCAUCCAGCAAAUAUGUGUUACCACUGCUUUGCCUUCAUCUCUAGUUCCCUGAUCUAGCUGAGCGUGCUCUUGUCAAUUUACAAAGAAAACCUCUCUAAUUGUCAGAGCUACAUGUGCCUGUGUCCGUUGUAUAUGGUCCCCAUUACAAGCGAAUGCGCUGGUUUCCCCUUUUGGUGGUCUCUUUCAUUAUGUCACAGAGACGAUUGACAGAGAAAAAUUGACAUAAUUUUCAUCCCCUCCUUUUUUGAAGAAAUAUUUUUCUGUGUAAGUCUGUUUGUUCAGGAUCCAGGGUGGUAAUGUGCCUAUGUGCGCGUGUAAAAGUGGCUGAAUUAUGGCGUACCUCAGACUGCUUCAGAAAACCCUGAUGUCGGGUCUUGAGGAAACCAGACGGGUUUCAUUUGAUGCUUGGAUUGUUAUGGAUGGCCAACGAUUAAGGCCUCUCGAACAUGGAUAAUGAUGGGCAGGGCCUACCCAUGUUCAGGCUCUCAUUCUCGGCGGGCCCCAAAGAAAACACUACGCAGUGUGGGCCAGAUAGAGUGAUGCUAAUGAAGGUGGCAUUAUGUUUCUCUGCUAUUAGCCCUCUAACCGCCCUCAUUACACCUGGUUAAACUGUAAGCAAUGUGUCAAUGCUGUUGAAGCCAGAGUGCCGUGUCCUCGGAGGCCCUCUAACUGGAGGACAGAAAGUUUGGCACCAAUCUUCAGAAGCAAUUGUCCUGCCAUCGCAAACAAAGAGUAUCAUCUCGCUAAUCCUGAUUAUACACAGAAAUGAUUUUUUAAAAAGAUGCAAGGCGUACAGUUGUAGUAAGAUGGACCACAAUAUCAACAAACCGAUUCAGUGGAAUCAUGGAAAUGAGGCAAGAGGGAGAUUUAUGUGGAGGAUAAACUCUAAUUUUACCAAGCAGUCUUUGAUAUCUGAGUAGCGGUUUCAAGCUGUGGUCUUCUUUGCAUAGCGUUUUUUGGAUCAUAUGAGUUAAAGCAUUAAGAAGAGCCAGAUGAUCUGCAAUAUCAACCAUGCCACCGGCAAAAGGCGUUGAAGUAAUGGAAGCAGUUUCUCCAUCUUGUUUGUAUUGUUGUUGAAACUGCUUAAAGAAAGCAAGACCAGACAAAUUGAGCUUAGUGAUGGAGCUGAAAUGUCAGGUGUGUGUUGUUUAUGCAUGAAAGAAGGGUUUAAUGUCCAAUUAUUCGCUCCCUAAAAGCCCUUCCAAAGUCUUAAUCCCACUUUGUUCAAGUGCCAGCUGGACGGUGAGUGGCUCUCACUUUGGGGCCCUGCACUUCAGUAAGUAUUGGUUAACGUCCCAGCUAUUGUGAUCCAUUUCACUAUUGCUGCCAUGGCAGAAUGAAACAUUCUUCAAACAUCAAAGGACCACAAUAUUUCUUUUUCUUUCUUUUUUUACCUCUUCUGUUUCAUUCAAUGGGGAGAAACGGAGCUGCUUUUAGUGUCUCUCAUCGUUAACGCGGAGGCAUACUUGGAAACCGCCCUGGACCAGACGAGCAGAACUACGUGUUUCCUCUGCUUUCUACGUGGUACGCAGACGGUAACCAGCUUGUCAUCCCAUGAGCCAAACGGACGGACAGGCAGGCAUUGAAAAACACAGAAAUACAGAACAACCGUCUCGCCUUACAUCCAAGACAAGCUUCAGCCAAAAGGACUGAAAGUGAAACCAGAAGGUCUACACGACACAAAGCCAAUCUCAAUCGGAGGAGAAUAGAGUGAUACACAAAAUAUGGAAAAUGAGAUUCAUACUAUCAUAAAGUGUAUUUGUGCCUCCCACAUGGCCUGAGAACUGCCUGAACACAUCACAUGCUCACAUGGGGCUUCACAGGUAGUCUUCACAAAGCAAUAUGUGAGUCAAAUGGGUCCAAUCUACUCCUGGCUUUACGGCCCUUAAUAAUUUAGAAUCCGGUUUUCCACCCAAUAACGGCCAUAUGGAUUUAUCACAUGGAUGAGUGCUGGAUUGACAGGUGCCACCUCCCCAAUUAUCUUUUUGUACUGUCCAAGGUGUUGGGCUGCGACACAACAGAAAACCUGCAGAGGAUUGCAGCCGUGUCUCAACAAUGUACUGGUAUGUACAAAGUGUGACUGCGUCCUGCUCUGUCCCCGCCUGACCGAUUACCUGGUGUCUGCGGAUGCGGUGUCCCGGGCCCCUCUGCUCCCUUCUCCAGGAGCGCGAGGAGGAAAUGUAUCCCCGUCUAAGUGAUGUGGCUGUCAUGGCUGUUGGCCAGGUGCUCUGCUCUCUCUCUCUUUCACGCUCCCUCUCGUUCGUACGUUGGAUCCACUGCGAGUUCUUAAUUAACUGUCACGUUCUCCAGGCCUUUUCCAUUAACAAAUCAGAGUGGGAUCAGGCACAGGACUCCUCUGUAUGGGGUCUUGGUCAAGGCAAGCUGCUUUUUUUAAUCAGUUUUAAUUCUCAUAAAAUCCUUGACAUGCACAAAAUAUAAUUUUUUCCCUCAUUAAAAAAAAAAAACGUACCUCAUGCGGGAACAAGCCACGUUACUCUGCAAACGCACCUAACUUUAAACAAAUGUGUAAAUGAGCAUGCAUACAUGAAUUAACCAGGGUUUUUUGUAAAUGAGUGAGAAAAUUUCCAAUAUUCCUACUAAUCGUGUUUUCAUGGCCGAUGAAAAAUAUGUUGCAAUUAUAUUCAACUUUUCGUGCAGAGAUAUUAUUUUUGCUCAUACUCAGAACCUGUUGCUAUCCAGGUUUUUCAAUGAUGUUACUAAAGAGAUGUUUCUUUUUCCAGUCAAUCAGUUGUUUUUUUACAAAAAAAAAUCAAUAAAAACCUAGCGCGGAAGAAUAUCCAAGUGUGCUGUAUUAGCGUCAAAAGAAUUCUCCUAAAACCUGCUUGAUAAUGGCAUAUCUAGGACCUAUAUGGAAUAUUGGAAUGGAAAAAACCUGUUAACACAAACCAUAUACAUUUUCAGAAUAUUUGGAAAUUUAAGAGAAUAUUAGUGUGUUUGUAUUUAGCAAACACUUUUUUAUCCAAAGCGUCAACAACCACGUAAGAUUAUUAUUCAUUUGGAAAGCUUGACCUCUGGUGAAAGAUUGUCCAAAGUGGUACCCAUAGUGUAAACUGAGUUACCACUAAUGGCAAUGCCGUGUGGAUGCAGCCCUUUUCUAAUAUCUGCUGGGUUCAGAACUAUUUAGGUCUGUUGGAACCUGCUUGCUUCACCCUAAGCAGACUGAUGGAGAACUGUGGUGUUGUAUCUUGGUAUGUUAACGCACUGCAGCGCAAUGUCCAGGACCCGAUGCCAUCUCGCCGGGUCCAAAGCCAGCUCUGUAAACUGAGCCUAAGCUUCUGCUUCUCAAGCUGCGGUGCAACAAGUUGUUCUGGAUCAAACUAAGUGAUGGGCCCCUGGUGGAUCAACUCGGGCCCGUUACUGGAUCCGCUCCGGCAGGUUGAUACAGGAACGGGAGAAGGAUCAUCAGGCCCAUCCGGUCUGGCUUGGAGUUUUCCGAGCAGAGGCCUUGAGCUUGGGACUCUGAGGCAGAAACACUAUCCAACCCUGUGAUCUCCAGACCUGCAUGCUCUCUCCUUCCUCCUGCGCCAGACGUCUCUCGCUGCGGCAGGUCUGGAUUAGCGCUUGCAAGGCUUUUCUUUGUAUCCAUCGUACCUCAACUCUGACAUUGGAGGCUCGGGGCAGUCAUUGUCUGUCUUAAAGUGUGCAUUUGAUCGGGGAGAUCAACACUGAGUUGUAAAGGAUUCAUGAGAGGUCUCGAAGGUAUCUGGCCCUUAACCUUCAUAGUGAUCCUUUGCAGUAGUUGGAGCUCUCGUCUGAGGGAGAUGAAGAUGUAUAUAAUGUUUUGUUUGCAGUCUGUCUUCAUUGAAAUUUCUGCGUAUCGUUUUCUUACCCGUGUUAGUGUUUUUCCUUAUUUUCCCUCUCCUGUGUGUAUUUCAAGGCCGCAGGGUAUUUCUGGAGGCAAGCACAACGUAGUCGAAGGCCUUCGGAGGAGACCGGACACGCACUACUCCUUUUGAAGCAGUAAAAAAAAAAAGCUGCCUGUGAUACCGCAUGUUCAUUUAUAUUUACUCACCCUCCACUUCAGCAAGUUCUACCCUCUUAAUCUUCAGCAUUUUGUUCCAAGCACACACUUUUUUGUGUUUUGCAUAGACGUAGACGUAUUUGUCACCUGGAAAAGCUUGAAAAUCCCAGUCUUUGAUUAGUCUGUGUGUCCAGAAGACACUGGUUUGAGCAAAGCCCUCCUUGGCUGACGCACACUGUCUCUCAAUGUGCUUUGUAUUUUUAAGGCCAGGCCAGCUCUUCCAUUUGGCAGGAGCCCCGCUCCCUCACCAAGGGGACAGGGAACGCGCCAUGCACAAAGCGGAGUAAUGACUUUAAAACACAUCCCUGCGUCAUGGCCAGGCCCUUGGAACGUGUCCUGAACUGUAAAUAAAAAGCAUUUCAAUCCUGCGUUUUGCUAAGCGAGCGGAGCAGAAAUUCCACAGUUACUAAGCAAAGCCGAGGUGGCGGAGCAGCAACUACCUAAGCAGAUGUCACCCGGACUGUGGAGGACCGGCCGAGGAGUCGGGAGCGCCGGGGGUGGAGUGAGACAGAAAGUUGAAUAUGACGUGGCUUUGUGAAAUAAAACUCAUGAGGAUGAAUUUUCCCGGGAAAUAUCCCCAGAGUAGCUCUUUUCGGUUUAAGGGCACAAAGCAUGGAGCACACACAAACUGGAAGAGUGCGGAGCUGACUCAGGCCUUACGACAUCUGAGCUUUUUACGUAUGUCUCCACGUAUGCCUCCACCAGGCAUCUUCAGCAGAUUAUCUACACAUGCACCUUAUCGUUGGCCGAGUGAUGUUCUGUUCGCAGGGAUUUGAACCUUUCAAGCAGACCUCGACACAUCGGCCGUUCGGUCGAGAUUUAUCACGGGAGGCUGCGUGGACAAGUCGAGCGGAGAGCUGAAGUGAUGGCCAUCAGUUGAGCUGUAGUUCUGGGUGGAGGUUUCAGAGCGGUGCCGUGCUUAUUCUGGAGACAUUUAACACUUAGUUAUGUCGCUUUUUUUCUCACCAGAAAGCCAUACAAGGGCCAUUGCAAUGGUGGCAUUAGUGUUGCGUUGUAGAUGACAUCAUGGACUGGUGGAUAUCAAAGACAGAUGACAGAAAAAAAAUGAAACAAAUGAACUUAUCUGAACACGCUUUUCUUCGAAUAAGACAUUUAAACUGCGACGGUUGAUCGAUAAUUUAAACAGUUGAUAAUCUGGUCCUUGCUAAUUAAAUAUAAAUAUAUUCUGUCUUUAUUGAAGACAAAUCAGGACAUUUGGAACCAUAGGAGCUUGGGGAAACACUGAUCCACAUUUUUCAACAUUUAACUAGUCCCUUGAUUGAUUAAAUAACUAACGCAUCAACGAUUGUGUCGUUAUCUCAUUAGACUGACCAGAAUCAUAUCCAUCUGACAGUAUCCAUGGAGUUGCUACCGAAGAGUGACAUUGACAGUGUAGUUAGCGGGAAAUGUCAUGUCUGACAAUCUCAAAACAGAUGUUUUAAUUGCACACAGCAUCUGCAGCUGCUCACAAUGUGACGGCACACAAACUGGUUUUCUUUCUUCUCUUUAUCUUACUGAUUGAUCUCACUUGACGUGUUUGUGUCUGUGUGUGUUUGGCUUCCCUGUCUCUCCCCAUCUGUAGGACCAUUAGUCAGACCUGUGGCCGAGCUCCCCUCCACCAUGCCGGGCUGAGAACAGACUCAGGAGUGACUGUCCCGAUCCAUGAGCAGCUGCAAUUCUACGAAGAGAGAAAACCAGUCCCCGUCCUGGACAGCGCUGCAGCUUUGGCCCAUGAACUGUCUGACGAGAUGGAGGGGAAAUCGGCCAACAGGGAAAUCAAAGAGCUUCUCCAACUACUGGGCAGACCCCACGUGAAGAGCCUCCUGUUGGUCCAUGACACCAUCGCCCAGAAGAGUUACGACCCCGAACUGCCUCCGCUGCCCGAUGACAUUGACGACAACGAGGAUUCUGUGAAGAUCAUAAGACUGGUCAAAAACAAGGAACCUCUCGGAGCGACGAUAAGGCGUGACGACCUCACGGGAGCCAUCGUUGUGGCACGCAUCAUGAGAGGAGGAGCGGCCGACAGAAGUGGGCUGAUUCACGUAGGAGAUGAACUGAAGGAGGUCAACGGGAUCCCCGUUGAUGACAAGAAACCAGAGGAGAUCAUCCGUCUCCUGGCCCAGUCGCAGGGGGCCAUUACCUUCAAAGUGAUCCCCAGCGUCAAGGAGGAGGAACCAACCAAGGAGCCAAAGGUGUUUAUGAAGGCGCUCUUUGACUACGACCCCAAGGACGACAAAGCAAUCCCAUGCAUGGAGGCCGGACUGGCCUUCAAGAGGGGCUCCAUCCUACAGAUCAUGAGCCAGGACGAUGCCACCUGGUGGCAAGCCAAACAUGAGGGGGAGGCUAACCCCCGUGCUGGCCUAAUCCCGUCUAAGCAGUUCCAGGAGAGGAGAUUUGCACUGCGGCGGCCUGAUGCAACUCUCCCGCUACAGAGGACCUCCAGCCGGCGAUCAUAUGAUGUGGCUAUAGACUUUGUCAAGGAGAUGGAAGAGGACGCUGACUAUAGUAGCGGGUUCCAGCUAGCUGGGUUCAGGAGGAGCUUCCGUCUGAGCAGGAGGGACAAGAAGACUAACAAGUCCAUGUACGAGUGCAAGAAGAGCGAAAUAUACGACACAGCCGACUUGCCCACGUACGAGGAGGUCACCACAUACCGGAGGCCGAGUGGAGCCAAGCACAGGCUGGCGGUCCUAGUGGGACCCCCAGGAGUUGGCCUGAAUGAACUCAAGAGGAAACUGUUGAUCUCAGACCCUCAGCACUUCAGUGUGACCGUCCCACACACCAGUCGGGCCAAGAGGAACCAGGAGAGCGACGGCGUCGAGUACCACUUCAUCUCCAAACACCUCUUUGAGACGGAUAUCCACAAUAACAAGUUCAUCGAGUACGGAGAGUACAAAGGAAACUACUAUGGAACGGCUAUAGACUCCGUCCGCUCCGUCCUCUCCAGGAACAAAGUGUGCCUGCUGGACGUCCAGCCUCACACCAUAAAGCUCCUGCGGACGGCAGAGUUUAAGCCCUUUGUCGUGUUGGUGAAGCCUCCAGCGAUCGAAAGACUGAGGGAGACCAGAAUGAACGCCAAAAUCAUAUCAGGCAAGGAUGAUAAGGGCUCUGCCAAGCCAUUCACGGAGGAGGACUUCCAGGAGAUGGUGACCACCGCCCAGACGCUGGAGGUCCAACACGGCCACCUGUUUGAGAAGAUCAUAGUCAACGAUGACCUCUCGACGGCCUUCGGCGAGCUGCGGGGGGCGCUGAAGACAGUGGAGACAGAGACACACUGGUUGCCGGUUAGCUGGACUCACUCCUGAGAUCCACAUGCACUGUACAAGGUGAAAAGGGAAGGGCUCUGACUUAAAAACAAAUCUUACUAUACCUGCUGGUGAGGGGUUGUGGUGGUGGGGUUGUGGGUCUGAUACACAGGAACAAAACAAGACUGUUGCGUCACCAUACAAUAAAACAGUCUUCCCCAGGUCUGGCCAGAUCCGACAGUCGGGCCUCCGUGCAGAAUAUGGCCCUUGGACAUCAAUCUCGCUCUGUCUGGGCCGUCAUUCCAGAAAUGGCAAUAGGGUCGGAGCUCCUCGCUCGAAAACGCUUCCAUGACUCUUACUCGAAACAAAGCAUCGUCAGGUACACGCCCAAGGAAGGGCAGUGAGUGUUGUUUUAUUUAAGAGAAAUUAAUAUAUUUUUUGAAGUCCGCUUUUUGUAUAAGCAUCCUCCUGAUCUUACCUGUGUCCUCCACUCUGAUAGUGUCUCGGCGUCUUGACUCACUGUCAAGUGUUCGGAUUUCACCGGCCCCUUAAAAAGCACUCAGAGGCAUUUUUUAGGUGUUAUAUAUUCCAUUUAGGAGCGUUUUGGAAAAAAAAGCCACCCCUUCAAACUAAGGUGCCCAACAUAACAGCUUGGUCAUUUAAUGUCACAAAACUUUUGGCUGUGCUAGAAGAAAAUGUUCACAAUUGUGUUUUAUUAGGGUGGAGUCUUUAUUUUUAUUCACAUAAAAAAGAGCUUCAGCGAGGCUGCUAUUAGAAGGUCUGCAGCACACAUCCAAGGUUUUAACUCUAAGCAAUGCUAAGUAGCUGCCCUAGACUUUAUGAGCAAGUUUAUUGCUAAUUUGAGCCGUACUCAUUUUUUACACAGAAAGUUUUCUCUAAAUGAUUUUCACAGCAGCCAGUUAUUAAUCCUGGCUGUAUCAUUAUUAUUAUUAUCAUUAAUGGGACAGCCCUGGUAGCUUCUGGUUUCCUUGAUGAACACACACUUGAAUGACAAAAAGCAAUACUUUAUACUAAAAAGGAAUAGUUUGCUGCCUUAUAGUGAGACAAAAUGUUUGAUGCCAGUUUUGUGCAUAUACAUUAUGAUGGACCUAGAGCCAAGAGGCUAUUAGCUUGAAUCUGUUUAGUUUAGCAUGAAGAAUGGAAAAAGCUCUCGGCUGCAAGCUUGGCUUCGUCCAAAGAUGAGAAAUGGGCAGCAGAUCUAAAGCUAUAGUUUUAUUUAGUUGCAGUUGAUUUAAUUUUUCCUUUAGAUUGUUGUUGUUGUUGUUGUUGUUUAAUGGUGGGUUAGGGUUAGGGGUAUAUGUUGUGUUUAUGCUGAGCUAAGCUAAGCCAAUUAACUUCUGGCCAUGACUCCAUACAUUGAGUACAGCCAUGAGAGUGGUAUCAACUGUUUAACUCUUUUUAUUUUGAACAAUAAGCAUAUUGUCACAAUGUUAAACUAUUCCCCCAAUAUCUAUUUGGAUAAUUUGGUAUUUAUACAGGGCAAAGGCAUUUCCUUUAAUACACUAGCUGUAUGUCCAGCUCAGGUUAUAUUGUUUAUUUCACCUUCUCCACCCACUGUCAAAUUUAUUUGAUUUGUCCAUUUAAUAAAAAGGGUAAUAUGAGUCAGUUGUAAUAUAUUUUUUAAAGGGACUUUAACACCCUUCACUUUACCCCUUCUUUAUUAAUUUGUGUCACAUAAAAUUCCCUUUUUAUAUAUUAAUUUACUUCUUCAUAUUUCACCCCUCUUGAUUCUCUCUUGGAUAAGAAUCAGAUUUGUACACAAUAUUUUUAAUUUCCUGCUGUAAAUGAAAUGCUGUGUAUGAAUUUACAUUAUUCUUAGUAACUGCUUCAUUUUGUAUUAAAGACAAUUCAACUAAACUUGUACUGGCAAAAAGUAA